UUCAACCAGACUCUUUUUGUCUGCGCUAUGCCGAACAGAGAGGUGAACACGCGUCUGGUUGAACGAGACUAUAACUGCUGCUGCUGUCUGCAGUAACCUUGCAGAUAGAAACAUAUCAAGAUGUCUCACCGUUAUAUGGCUUUAGGUCGUAGAGGACAUGUUUUUCUAAGGAGCAUGUUGUCAGGAAAAUCUAUGAAUCCUGAGGUCAAAAGAGAAAUAGCACUGCUGUCAAAUAUGUUGCAGUCAAGAGAAAUGACGUCUUUAAUGCGUCAUUUCAGCUUCACAUCUCUCGCAGCAUCAGCCAAGGGCCCCAAAGGAUUUGAAAAAUUUGAGGAGAAAUUAAAAAACAGAUCAAAACCAACAGGACGUGAAAAGAGGGGAGGUCUCCACGAAACAGAGGAGUAUAAAAAGAGAAAAUCUGGUAAAACACCUCCUCCGAACAGUCAGGAAAAUUUUUGGGUAGUCCCUCUUGCAGUGGCAUUAUUCGUUCUCCUCAUAGCUAGAUCUGAAGUGUCACAUAGAGAAAUAACUUUCAGAGAAUUUGUCAACAAUUACCUAAAAGCUGGAGUGGUAAGAAACCUUGUUGUACAAAACAAUGAAGUAGUGAUUGUACAUUUAAAACCUGGAAUGGCUGAUAGAAAAGUGCAGUUCAUAAUAGGAAGUGUGGAUUCCUUUGAAAAGUCAUUGAAAGCUGCUCAAGAGGAAUUAAAGAUAAGCAAAGACAAUUUUGUGGACGUUACCUAUGACGAUCAUACUCAAAGGAAUAUUGGCAGUGCAGCCGGAUUCUUACUAGAGGCUGUCAUAAUUGGUGCAAUAAUAAUGCUUUUCCUGAGAAGAAGCAGUGUGUUUUCAAUGAAAGCAGGUGGUGGACCUGAAGGAUUUUUUCGUGUUGGAAAGUCCAAAGCAAGGAUAUUUCAGCCAGAUGCAAAUAUUGCAUUCAAGUUCAGUGAUGUAGCCGGGUGUGAUGAGGCCAAAUUAGAAAUCAUGGAAUUUGUAAACUGCCUGAAGAACAAGGAACAAUACCUUAAACUUGGAGCCAAAAUCCCCAAAGGAGCCAUGCUGACUGGCCCCCCAGGAACAGGGAAAACACUACUGGCCAAGGCCACAGCUGGGGAGGCUAGUGUUCCCUUCAUCUCCGUGUCUGGAUCAGAGUUCCUCGAGAUGUUUGUCGGAGUUGGUCCUGCUCGGGUACGAGACAUGUUUAAGGAAGCUAGGAAAAACGCUCCAUGUAUACUGUUCAUUGAUGAAAUAGAUGCAGUGGGUAAAAAACGUGAAAGUGGCAGUUUUGGUGGGAACGUCGAACAGGAAAAUACACUCAACCAGUUCCUUGUUGAACUUGAUGGUUUCAGUUCACAGUCCGGGGUAGUGGUCUUGGCUGCCACUAAUAGAAUAGAUGUUCUAGACCCUGCCUUGCUGAGAGCAGGUCGAUUUGACCGACAGAUCUACAUACCUCUACCAGAUAUCAAGGGCAGGGCAAGCAUUUUCGAAGUCCAUCUUGGGAGCAUAAAAACAGAUCUGGUCAAGGAUGAAGUGGCCAGAAAGUUGGCAGCCCUCACUCCAGGUUUUUCUGGGGCUGAUAUCGCCAAUGUUUGUAAUGAAUCGGCUCUCAUCGCAGCACGGGACCUCAAUGAAUCUGUCGAGGCAACCCACUUUGAACAAGCCAUAGAACGGGUAGUGGGAGGUUUGGAGAAGAAAUCACAAGUUUUACAGCCACAUGAGAAAAAAAUAGUGGCAUACCAUGAAGCAGGUCACGCUAUAGCCGGGUGGUUCCUAGAACAUGGUGAUCCCCUGUUGAAGGUUUCUAUUAUACCCCGCGGCAAGGGCCUAGGAUAUGCCAUGUACUUACCCCAGGAAAAUUAUCUACUUACCAAACCACAGUUGAUAGACAGAAUGUGUACAUUGCUUGGGGGAAGAGUUUCGGAGAAAAUCUUCUUUGGUAAGGUUACAUCUGGUGCCCAAGAUGAUCUACAGAAGGUAACCAAAUUGGCCUACGCUCAGGUCACUGUUUUGGGCAUGAGUGAUAAGAUAGGACAAAUUGGCUAUGCACAGCAGGAAGGAUCAUUCCAAAAGGGGUACGGUGAAGAGACUGCACAAAUCAUUGACGAAGAGGUUAGAAACAUCGUGGCUAAAUGUUAUGAUCGGACCAUGGAUCUGCUGACUGAGAAAAAGGAUCUCAUAGAUAAGAUUGCCAAGUUAUUACUUGAAAAGGAAAAGAUAGACAAGAAGGACAUGGAGGAAGCGUUGGGCAAGAGGCCAUUUGCAGAGAAAUCCACAUAUCAGGAGUUUGUGGAAGGCACUGGGUCUAUGGAGGAGGAGAUGACAUUGCCAAAGGGUCUGGAACACUGGAACAAGGGCCAAGAAACGACUACAAAACCCAAGACAGAGUCUGACAUGACAUUUUCAUGAUAAUUAGCGAGCAAAAAAAAGACUAGGAAUGUUGUUUGUAUUGUGUGAAGUAUGAGGGAAAAUUGUAUUAAAUGCAAUUGCAUUAAAGAAGAGUAUAUAUUUCAAGUUUUGAAUACAUCUUCCAAAUGAAUGAAAAUUUAUUGUUAUUUCACAAAUCAGGGACUGAUUAUCACCCAUCACGAUGCUACCGGUCUUCGGCCGAUUAUCACUGUUAAAGUGAGGGUGUAUUCAUAAAUAGUAUUGAAUGUAUGAAGCUAUCACAUCACACCUGUACUGUGAUAUUUCUGGCCAGGUGUGACAUCACACCUGUACUGUGAUAUUUCUGGCCCUAUUUAUAUCAGACUUUCAUCAUUGUGUUUUCUGAUUCCUAUUUUUCUAUAUAGUGAUCAAUAAUGUUUAAAAACAGGAGCUCUGAGAUGUUAUAAUGACUUGUUACCACCUUAAUCACAGAGAAGUAUAAGGAUCUCGUAGACUACCUUAUCAUGAAUUUGCAGGAUAUUUUUUCAUCAUUUAUUUGUGACUUUAUCACUCGCUUAAGUUCUGUUGUCAUUUCUAAUGUUCCGACUCCUGUUACCAGUCUGUCAUGUUACUGGUCUGAUUUUGCUGAAAUGAUGCUGAACUUGUGUGUUAAUAACCAGCUAAGUUAGAGCUAUUAAAUAUGUACUACCUGAUGAUCAUGUGAAGAGGCUUUAAAUUAUUGUGAUAGAAUUGUGAUCUCUGACAUUGAGAACUGAUGGUUGAUACUUAAACUGUUACAGCGGCUGCAAAUGGGAGAAAGUAUGUCAGUGUGUGAGGUUUGUGAUUAACAGCCUGUGUGUAAAUAAAACAUGUGGAAUUUA